AUGGACAUACUCUCAGCGAGCACUACCUCCGUCGUGCUGCUACUGUUAUCAUCACUUUGCAGCUUGGUAACGCCGUCUGCCGGCGCCAGGGCGGAGCUCGUGACGUGGGAGUGCAACAACGGCACGUACUACUCUGAGAACAGCACCUACCAGUCCAACGUCCGCACCCUCCUGGCGUCCCUCGCCGCCAACGCCUCCCGCUCGCUGUUCGCAACGGCCGUCGUCGGCGCCGGCCCCGACACGGUGUGGGGCCUUGGGCUCUGCCGCGGCGACGCCACCAACGGCACAGAGUGUGCGUCCUCCUGCCUCGCCCUCGCGCCGGAGGUCGCAUUCGGCAGGUGCAUGGGCGUCAUGGACGUGUCCAUCUUCUACGACCGCUGCACCGUCCGCUACUCCUUCCGGGACUUCCUCACCAACCCGGACAACGGGCAGGUGCAAGCCAAGGGAGCCAGCGACGAUUCCGUGCCCCCCAGCGACGCCGGCCGGUUCGUCGCAAUCAUGGUGAACCUCGUGGCCGCGCUCGCCGACUGGGCCGCGUUCAACACCACGUCCAGGUACGCCGCCGGGGUCAUGGUCUCAGACCAGGGAUUCCCGGUCACCACCAGCAAGGAGGUGGUGCACAACAUCAACGGGAUGGUGCAGUGCACACCGGACCAGGCGCCGGGCCCGUGCCGCGCGUGCCUCCAGGGGCUCAUCGACGAGAUGCCGGCGUUGUUCUUCAACGGCAACGUCGGAGGGAGGAUCCUCGCCAUAUGGUGCAGCCUCAGGUUCGAGACGCACGAGUUCUACGACGGCAGCCCCGCGGUGAAGCUCGCCGCCCCGCGGCCCACGCCGCCGCCACCUUCUGCCCUCCCGUCUUCUACUAGAGACGGGAUAAGGUGGCGACAACAUGCGGCGACAGUAUCAGCCGUUGUUCUCGGCGUCGCGGUUAUCCUCAUGUCCCUAUCUAUGAUCUUCCUAUGGAGAAAUAAGGCCACGACACAACUCUCUUACCAAGAAGAUGAUGAAGACCCUGAAUCACUUCUGUUUGACCUGCCAACGUUGAGGCAAGCAACGGACAAUUUCGCCGAAGAGAAUAAGCUUGGGCAUGGAGGCUUUGGGGCAGUAUACAAGGGGUUUUUGCCUAAUGGGCGGCAAAUAGCUGUGAAGAGACUGGACAAAGCUUCAGGGCAAGGUGUGAAGGAACUGAGGAAUGAGCUACUGCUGGUAGCCAAGCUCCGGCACAACAAUCUGACAAAGCUUCUCGGCGUGUGCUUGAAGGGGAAGGAGAAGUUGGUGGUGUACGAGUACCUGCCCAACCGAAGCCUCGACAUCUUUCUUUUCGCGCCUGAAAUUGAGAAGCGCCAAUUAUUGAACUGGGAGACAAGGUACCGUAUAAUCUACGGGACGGCACGAGGCCUCCUGUACCUCCACGAGGACUCGCAGGUAACGAUCUUACACCGCGAUCUCAAGGCCAGUAACAUCCUGCUCGACACCGAUAUGAACCCCAAGAUCUCGGAUUUCGGCCUGGCCAGGCUCUUCGACGGCGACAGGCCGAGUACCGUCACCAGCCAAGUUGUCGGAACACUUGGAUACAUGGCGCCGGAGUACGCAGUUCGAGGUCGCCUGUCGGUCAAGAUAGACGUGUAUAGCUUCGGCGUUCUGGUGCUGGAGAUCGUUACGGGAAGGAAAAACACCGACUUGCUUGAAGAAUCAUCCUUGGAAGACUCCGGCACCAUGCUCAGCUAUGUAUGGGGCCAGUGGCUGAAGGGAACGCCGCUGGAGACGACGGACCCGUCGCUGGACUGCAAGAUGGUCGCGGGGGAGGAGGGCGAGGUGAUCAAGUGCAUUCACCUGGGGCUCCUCUGCGUGCAGGAGAACCCGGCGGACCGCCCGGCCAUGCUGGACGUCCUCGUGAUGCUGCACGGCCACGCGUCGGACUUCCCGGCGCCGUCCAAGCCGGCGUUCACUUUCGCACGCGGCGGCGAGACCGAUGACAGCGCGUCCGGGUCAGAGCCGGGCGCCCAAGCAUCAGCAACUGCGCCGUCCGUCAACGAGACGUCUUUAUCGGAGUUCCAGCCGAGAUAGAUGUCUGAUCAUACAUAUAGAUACAUGCAUGCAUGCAUAUGCAUGGUUUCCUGACUAGUGGACAGGCGCCGGAUGUGCAUAUACCACGUACAUAGAUUUCCUGCAUCUACCCUAAACCCAAUUGUAUGAUAAAUACUCUCUCCAUAUCACAAAUAGCUAAAUAAGCAACGUUUGGCCUUCAAGAUGUAACUUUUACAACUGAUUUUUAUCUUAGUAUUUGUAGAAAAAAGAAAAGGAACUUAUAUGCAA